CAUUUUCUCGACCAUAUUCCGCUGCGGAAAGAGCUAUGUAAGCACUUUCCAAAUGUUCCUCGCAUGUUCUGGUCAAAGACAUGUGUCCAACACAACGGCUUCUUCGGGUCAAAAACAUCGGCACACACUUCAAACGCAGAGAUCCCACCUUCCGAAGCUGCUGGCUUUAGAGUGGAAACUUGGUUUCGCAUGAUUGUCAAGUCGAUAAAGGCGACACCGAAGAAUGUCGACUUUACGCAGUAUCAAUGGUAUGAGAUGUCUUUCAUAUCUACCUUGAGCGAUGAUCGAAACAUCAUGUUAUGUCUUGAUACGCCUGGAUCUUUGGCUUGGAAUAUGCUCAAUGUGCUCUCGGAUGGCGAGAACAAGGAUAUCGCUACUGGACCGUAUGGCUUGCACCAACUGCUGCUCGAACAACUGAUGGUUAUGUACGACGAAAGCGUCUGGGACAUUGCAAGGAUCAUGCGAAACAACGAGAAGAGCAAAGGGCCUAUGGGAAACACAGAUUUGCACUAUUUCAUCAAGCUCUACGAAGACUCCAGACAUACCGUUCACUCGAUCGAAGCAACACAAGAAGCAACCAAAGUGAUCGAGUGUAUCGCUCAGCAAUGUCAGCUCUUGGCUCUACGACCAUCUGCACAUCAAGAACUUCUCUCAUCACGAGCCGACAUGCUAAAGUUUCACCACACCAUGAUGCAAGGAUUUCUCGCUAGAGCAGUGUCGAACGACAGACGCAUGGGCAACGAGCAGAACCUGACAAACGUCGACAUCGCAAUGUCCACAAAAGACGACGGCGCAGCCAUGAAGACAAUCGCCAUAGUAACAAUGGUAUUUCUUCCCGCCACUUUCGUGUCCGCAUUGCUGGGCAUGAACUUCUUCAACUUCAACCCAGACGAGCAUGGAGGACACAUGACAUAUUCCCACGACUUGUGGAUUUACUUUGUCAUUUCCAUCGUCUUGACAUUGAGCUUGUUUGCGCUGUGGUGGGUCUGGCAGAGGUAUAGGCAAAAGAUGUUGGCGAGUUCGAGGUUGGAGCAGAAUAAUGCGAUGGAGAAUGCUUAUGCCGUCUUGCAAAAGACUUGA